GGGGACUACGUUAGCUCGCGGUCGUUCCUCGAGGUCCCGAGCUCGUUAUUCAAUAGCAUUGCGAAGCUGUUAAAAUUGAAACGUCGAAGGUCGUUCGUGGCUCGUUCGCGUAUUGAUUAAUCGUUAUUUUGGCUAUCCUUGGAUCUUACGUUUCGAACGGUAUUUUUUCCGCCCUCUUAUCGGAGAGUCGCAAUUUAUCGGUGAAAGUGAUCGAACAUGACACUUUCAGGCCCCCUUGUGGGGCUCAUUCUCAUUGGCUGGUUAGCCAGUUCCGUCAAUGGUGGAUGCAAGCUUUGCAGCCAUCCGAAUGACCUCAAUAGAUCCAGACGAAGCAUAGAUUUGAACGAUGUGCUUAAGGUACCGACUUACAGACUACCCCGCGAUCUGAGGCCGAUAAACUACAAUCUUGAAAUAAAGCCCGAUAUUCCGAAGGCCAAAUUCACCGGGCAGGUCAACAUAACCGCUACAUUGAUGACUGGGGGUAGCACGAUAAAGCUCAACACAAACCACGACAUCAAAAUUGAGGACGUACAAAUAAAGUUUCUUGGGGUCCCGGAAGCAUCUUCGCAGACUGAUGUCGUCCAGUGGAGAUUCAACCAGCAAAAAUCUGAGUGGGUCAUCCAAAUGGCUCAAUUCACAAAUCCUAAUGACACUUGUGUAGUAUCCGUUAAAUACUCUGGCAACAUCACGACCAAUGAUACGUUGGGUUUCUUCAAGAAAGAAUACAUGUCGUCAACUGGACAAACGCAUGCAUUCGUCGCGACUCAAUUGAGGCCGGAAAACGCGAGGCGAUGGUUCCCUUGCAUAGACGAACCGGAAUACAAAGCUACGUUUGAGCUCAAAGUGGCUCGACCGAAAAAUAUGAUGGCUCGAUCGAACACGCCGAUUAAAAUGAGUGUUGAAAUGCCGGGUGAUCCGGAAUACGUGAUGGAUCAUUUCGAAAAAACACCCGAAAUUUCGACUUAUCAGCUGGCCCUCAUGAUAUCCGACUUCGAGAGCGUUGCACCAACGAUUCCGGUCGAUGAAGUCGAGAAUCGUAAACUCGAAAUAAGAGUAUGGGGGCGCAAGGAAUUUCUCGAUUCUCUGACGCAUGUCCCAAACAAAAUCGUUCGGAUAGUCAACUAUCUUCAGAAGUAUUUCAACAAAUCCAUCGGUCUUCCAAAACUCGAUAUCGUAGCAAUGCCAAUGUACACAGCUAGUAAAGCGUCGGACAGCUGGGGUCUGAUGUUUUUCAGAGAAAGCGAAUUAAGCAGCAAUCUUGUUUGGAACACUGCAUACGAGCUCAUUUAUCAAUGGAUUGGACAAAGGAUAACUCCUUUCAGAUGGAGUGAUGCACAAGUCAAUAAAGCUCUGAAUUCUUUUUUGGCCUCAAUGAUUACAGUUGACAUCGAGCCUGACGAAUUGGAAGGCAAGUGGCCAAUAACCAUGCUCUACUCUCUGUACUACGAAUUCGGCAAAACUUUCCCGUUCUCGAGGGUUGCUGGUAUCAGAGACGAGGCUACCUCUGCCAAAACUGAACUUAUUUUCCGUAUGUUCAACUACACACUCGGUGAAAAACUGUUCCAACGGGGUAUCCAGAAGUUCAUCGACGUCAAUACUGAGCAAGAAAAUACAGAGAAUCAGGAACCGGUCAGCGUGAGAAGUUUCUUCGCUAAUGACAUCUUCAAGUGUCUCGACGAUGCCUUGAACGAAGCGAAUUUCAGCUUGCCAUCGGGCUUGUCGAUUCGCAGCGUAGCAGCACCUUGGAUCAACAGAGAUCGAGUGCCCCUUCUCACGGUCACCCGCGAUUACGAGACCGGGGAAAUCACCUUCAUGCAGACUGUUUUUCUUCGGGAAGCACGACCUCCGUCAAAUGAGAAAAUGUCUUAUCAAUGGGACAUCCCGAUAGCCAUAAUAACGGAGAACGAAUUGCCAGCGAUCGAUCCGAAACCCGACCUGUGGAUGCCGAAAGGAGAUUCCCCAAUAAUGACAAUAAAAGACAUUGCCGAUGAAAGCAAAUUCAUAAUCGUAAAUCCUGAAGAAAUUGGCAUGUUCCCGGUCAAGUACGAUCCGUGCAACUGGAGAAAACUCAGCAACUUCCUUCAGAGCCCAAGACGCGAAGAAAUCCCCGUACUGACGCGAGCUAAAUUGCUCCACGACGCUUGGAAUCUCGCUUAUGGUGGAAAUAUAGAUUUUUCGAUCGCCCUAAACAUGACAAUUUUCUUGAAGAACGAACGCAGUCAUGUGGUCUGGGAGCCUGUGUUCACGAUGUUCGAUCAUGUUGGAACAAGAAUUGAGGGUUCCCCGGUAUAUAGGAAAUUUGAGGCUUACGUAAGGAGUCUCCUGGAGCCACUCUAUAACGAAAUGAUGGAGACAGUACAACCGGGUGAGCCUUUGUGGAAAGUCCGCAUGCGAGGUCUCGUCAAAAGUUUCUUGUGUCGAGCUGGCUACGAGCCGUGCGUGGCCGAGGCACGUCAGCAGUUCAAAAAAUGGAUGAACGAUGAAGAACCUGACAAGGGAAACCCAGUUGCCAACGAAUUCAUUUGGCCAGUAUUCCAGUGGGGAACUCGAGAGGAAUGGGAAUUCGGGCUCCAGAGAGUCAUAAACUUUCCGCGCAAUUCACCCGAAAGGACGCAAAGCGAGAGAACGUAUUUGUUGAAGACAUUAGCGGGUUGCCCGAGGGAUAAGUACAAGAUCGAAAGACUGUUGAACGUGACAAUUUUGACACACUACGAGAAUUUCACCGAUUCGGAUAUUCACCUAAUUUGUAGCAUGUUGACUGGUAAUUCCGUGGGCUACGAAACACUUUUCAAAUUGUUCGAUACUCAUUAUUACCACAUUAGAUGGCAAUACAAGAACAAGAAGCACAUCUGGAACGACAUAUUGAAUGCAGCAACGUGUUCAUUCAAAACCCAAGAAGGUUACAACAUGGUGAACGAGCUUUACGCGAGGGUCAAGACCUCGGAGACGGAUGAGACAGUUUUCCAAAAGGCCUUGAAAACCAUCGAAGAAGAAAUUAAAUGGAGUAGGACACAUCUUCCUGUUAUCGACAAAUGGCUAAACUCGCAUUUAACCAUAGAAGAGUUAACCGGUGCAACCGAAAACUCCACAACGACAGUGGCUCCAUCCACGAUCGUCGCGGACAGCGUCAGUUCUGUCAUCCCGAUUGCGGGCUAAAUUGAUAGGAGUUGAAACAUCAACGCUAACGAAUAUUAACAUCGAUAGGAGAGUCACGUUGAUGCAACAAACUGCUCUCCAUACAGGAUAUAUUCAAAUCGAACUUAGUAUUAUCGUUCGUUUUUUUUCCUCGAUUUAACAAUUCGCGGACAAUGGGAAUCCUGUCAUCCGUCGAACUGUACUUUACUCGUGAGCUUAUUUUAUGCGUUUGUAAAAUAAAAUGUGAAUGUCAAUGAAAGAAAGGAUUUAAAAUAA